GUACCCGACUCGGUGCCAUCCGAUACUCUGUCCAGGUGGGAUGUGGUACAGUUACAAAAGUUAGCGUCUGAGCAUCAAGGCUUGCAGUUUCAGUCGUUGGGGAGUAGGCAACACGCGUAAAACCUGUCAAAAUGCGGAGACAUAUAACGAUUAAACAGGUAUUUUAUGUCCUCUCCUUCUUCUCUGGUUCCAAUGUUUCUUUGGGAUAUGUUUUCACCCGUCCGAGACGAUCUGGGGAAGGGGACGAAGCUCCACCACAUUCAGAAUUUCUCUCAGAUUCACCAUGGAUAAGUACAUCAGGGUCAUGCAAGAACCGAUGCUUUGAACUGAAGGAGGCUGAAGCUCCCAACUGUCGCUGCGACAACUUGUGCAAGACCUACUACAGCUGCUGCUCUGAUUUUGAUGAGCACUGCCUGAAAGUUGAGGGGGGCUUUGAGUGCAGCAAAGAACGCUGCGGGGAAACUCGAAACAAUAGUCAUGCCUGCCACUGCUCUGAGGACUGCCUGGAAAAGGGAGACUGCUGCACCAACUACAAAACGCUGUGCAAAGGUGAAACAUCAUGGGUGCAAGAUGAAUGUGAAGAGAUUAAGACUCAACAAUGUCCUGAAGGCUUCGUCCGUCCCCCUCUCAUAAUUUUGUCAGUGGAUGGAUUCCGUGCAUCUUACAUGAAAAGGGGCAGUGCGGUGAUCCCCAACAUUGAUAAACUGAGAACAUGCGGUACUCACGCACCUUAUAUGAGACCUAUGUACCCCACAAAAACCUUCCCCAAUUUGUACAGCCUGGCAACAGGUCUUUAUCCAGAAUCCCAUGGAAUAGUGGGAAACUCCAUGCAUGACCCAGUGUUCGAGGCCAUCUUCAACCUCCGAGGUCGAGAGAAAUUGAACCAUCGCUGGUGGGGGGGUCAGCCCAUUUGGAUCACAGCAGUGAAGCAAGGGGUGAAGGCAGGAACUUUCUUCUGGCCUGUAGUGAUUCCCCUGGAGAGGAGGGUAUUAACCAUGCUUCAAUGGCUUCACCUUCCUGAUGGAGAGAGGCCCUACGUGUAUGCCAUGCACUCAGAGCAGCCGGAUACAUUCGGACACAAACUGGGACCCCUGAGCACCGAGCUGAACAACCCGCUGAAGGAGAUUGAUAAGAUCAUUGGGCAGUUCAUGGACGGGCUGAAGCAGAUGAAUCUGCACCGUUGUGUUAACAUCAUUCUGGUGGGCGACCAUGGGAUGGAGGAGGCACACUGUGACCGAACAGAGUUCCUGAGUUCCUAUAUGACUAAUGUGGAUGACAUCAUUCUUAUCCCAGGGUCACUCGGGAGAAUUCGUUCCAGGUCGCCUAACAACCCAAAAUAUGACCCUAAAGCAGUUGUGGCAAAUCUUACUUGUAAGAAAUCAGAUCAACACUUCAAACCAUACCUAAAGCAGCACCUUCCAAAACGCCUACACUACGCCAACAACCGCAGGAUUGAGGAGAUCCAUCUGAUGGUGGAUAGAAAGUGGCACGUUGCAAGGAAAGCUCCUGAAGGCAAGAAACACCCUGGGAAAUGUGGAUUUAAUGGUGACCAUGGUUAUGAUAACAAGAUAAACAGCAUGCAGACAAUCUUUUUGGCUUAUGGACCUACAUUCAAAUUCAAGACAAAAGUGCCAGCUUUUGAGAACAUUGAACUUUACAAUGUCAUGUGUGACCUUCUAGGUUUGAAGCCUGCCCCUAACAAUGGAACCCAUGGCAGUUUGAACCACAUCCUGAAGAACCCCCCCCAUAAGCCCACAAUGCCUGAGGAGGUGUCCAAGCCCUCCACCUCAGUUCCUGCAUCUGCUAUCACAGACGACUUAGGGUGUAGCUGUGACGAAAAGAACAAAGUGGAAGAACUCAAUCAGCGACUGAGGCAAGCUCUGGACGAUAGCAAGAAUCUUCCAUAUGGUCGACCGGCUGUACUCUUCCGUACAAAAUACAGCAUUCUCCACCACAGUGAUUAUAUCAGUGGGUACUGUGAGACCCUCUCUAUGCCUUUAUGGACAUCAUACACAGUCUCCAAACAGGUAGAUGUCACCCCUCUCCCAGAGUCUUUGAGCAACUGCGUGAGGCCUGACAUUCGAGUGCCCCCAGGCUAUAGCCAGUCCUGCUCUGGGUACAAAGCAGACAAACAGAUCUCCUACGGAUUUCUGUACCCCCCACAGCUGGCCUCGACCCCCGAAGGCCGUCAAGAUGCCGUCCUGAUCACGAACACCGUCCCCAUGUACCCUGCAUUCAAGAGGGUGUGGAACUACUUCCAGAGGACGCUGGUGAAGCGGUACGCCAGCGAGAGAAACGGGGUAAACGUGGUCAGCGGCCCCAUCUUUGACUACGACUAUGAUGGCCUCCAAGACACAGCAGAGAAGAGGAAACAGUAUGUGAGCGGCUCUGUGCCCAUCCCCACCCACUACUACGUCCUGGUCACCAGCUGCCUGGACUACACCCAGGCCGUGGACACCUGCGACGGCCCGCUCAGCGUCUUCGCCUUCAUCCUCCCGCACCGGCCGGAUAACGACGAGAGCUGCAACAGCUCUGAAGAGGAGUCUAAGUGGGUGGAGGACCUGAUGAAGAAGCAUACAGCACGAGUGCGUGACAUUGAGAUCCUCACUGGGCUGGACUUCUACCGCAGGACCAGCCGGACGUACACCGAGAUCCUCUCUUUAAAGACUUUCUUGCACACAUAUGAGAGUGAGAUAUAAGCCACUGGGCGUCUCCCCACUGCAUCUCCAGUGAUUAGGUGUAUAUUUUUAUACAGUUUUUUAUAUUUAUUAUUCCUUCACAGUAAAACGUCCAGUGUUAAUUCAGCUCUAACAGAGUCCAUAUGAGUCCAAUAUGGACCAUUUGUAUUCUGUAAUAGUUGAUUUAACACUGAACGUUUUACUGUGUUCCACUGUUUAAAGUCGUAUACUACGCUAAUCCUACGUAAUGGAUUUCCUUUGUUUUUGAAUAGCAAGCAUGAAUGGACAUGUUUUUUAUUACUUGUUAUAAUUACGUCAUAUGCGUGUUUUGCAAUAUAAAAUUUGUGAGAGUGAGCGGGGUGUCUUAGUUGUGGCUGGGAGCUUUGAGUGAGAUGUUUUCUUGACUGUAGGCCUAUAUGACAAUGAAUCCAUUAUAUCAACUUUAUUAUGUUACACCAGUUUUGUAAUUGUUGCUUUAUGUUAAUUCAUUAUGAAUGACCAAUGAAUCACAAUAAAGAACAUUUUAUAUAUUUGAA